AAUAAAAGAAUUCAUUAAAUAUAAUUACUAUUUAAUUGAAUGGAUAAAAUGUGCAUAUUGUGACUAGUGAUUUGACUUUAAUUUUUGAAGUCAAAUUAAAGAAUUUUAAUAUAAAAAAAAACUAUUCAAAACUUUAUUUAAUAUAAAGGAAAAGUAAAAAACUCUUGCAAAUAAAUUUUUAUAUUAUAAAUUUUCUAUAAAAGAAAAUCUUUAAUUUUUGAAAAAAAAAAAAUAUUACAAAAAUAAAAUAAAAAUGGUUGCCGAAAGCGAAACACUUUUAGUACAUCGUCACACUGAAUCUUCAUAUGAAGACACAAAAUCAAAGAAAAGUAAAAUGAGUAAUAAUCACAAUAAUAAUAAUAAUAAUAACAAUAAUGAGACAGAAGUUUUAUCAGAAUAUGAAUUAAAAAAAUCAGAUAUAACAAAUAGCAAUAAUACUAAUAAUAUUAGCGAAAUUAAAACUGAUAAAGAAAUAGAAGCUGAAAUUAUUAGACAGGUAUCUAGCACAGCAACAUUGGAACAAAUAGGAACAGAUUAUUCAUUUAAACGUGAAAUCGUUUGGUUUAAUGCAAUUGGCUUCCUUAUUUUACAUGUAUUUGGUGCUGUUGGAUUUGGAUUAUUGAUAUUUGGUUAUGCAAAAAUUCAAACAUUUUUAUUUACUGUAUUUUUACUUUUCUGGAGUGGUAUGGGUGUUACCGCUGGUGCUCAUAGAUUAUUUUCACAUAGAGCAUAUAAAGCCACACCAGGACUAAGACUUUUAUUAUUACUAUUGCAUACAAUGGCUGGACAAAAUUGCUUAUAUGUUUGGGUACGUGAUCAUAGACAACAUCAUAAAUAUUCUGAUACUGAUGCUGAUCCACAUAAUGCAAAUCGUGGUUUCUUCUUUUCACAUAUUGGUUGGUUAAUGUCCAAAAAACAUCCAAAGGUUAUAGAAUAUGGUAAAAAAAUUGAUAUGUCUGAUUUAGAAGCUGAUUACUGGAUAAUGUUUCAAAAAAGAUAUUACAAAACAUUGUACACCAUUUUUGUACUUCUUAUCCCAACUGCAAUUCCAAUUUUCUGUUGGGGUGAACAUCCAGUUGUAUCAUUUUUAACACAAUAUUUGGCCCGUACUAUUAUUCAAUUAAAUUUCACAUGGUCUGUCAAUAGUGUAGCUCAUAUUUGGGGUAAUAAACCAUAUGACAAAAAUAUGCUCCCUGUCGAAACAAAAUACGUAGCAAUGGUUGCUGGUGGUGAAGGAUGGCAUAACUAUCAUCAUACUUUCCCAUGGGAUUAUAGAGCUGCUGAAUUAAAUAUGCCAUAUAAUGUAACAACAUCAGUUAUUGAUUGGUUUGCUGAACGUGGUUACGUAUAUGAUCGUAAGACAGUUACAAAUGAAAUGUUAAAAUCAAGAAUUAAUCGUACUGGUGAUGGAACACAUCAUGCAUAUGGUAAUGAAAUUAAUAAUAAUAUUGAAAAUACCAGCAAUACAAUAAAAUCAACAAAACUCAAUGAACAAGAAACAACCAAUGGUCCAUCAACUGAAACAUUACGAAAAUAUAUUGUUGAUAAAAAUGAAAUAAAUAAAAUUCAAGCAAAUGGUGGCAGUAAUGUAGAAAUUGAAAAAUUAUCAUCAAAAAUUGAUGAUUUAAAUAAUAAUAAUAAUUUAAAUAAUAAAUAUUUAAGUGACAGUAAAUUCGUAAGGAAUUUUAAUAGUCUAAAUGGUAAACAGGCUUUAAAUGUGUACAAUUAAUUAAUAUAAAGCUUAUACAUAAAAUAUAUCUUUAAUGUAUAUUAACUAUAUUUACCAAAUUAUUAUGAAAUUAAACAAAAAACAAAAAAGACAAAAAUAUUACUAGAUUAAUUAAAACUGUACUCAUAUUAUUAUUAUAUUUCGAGAAUCAAUUUAAGAGAUAGAAAAAACAAUAAUAGAAAUACUAAAUUGAACGGCAUAUAAAAAGUAAUCCAAAGUGCGAUUCAAUUUGGUUUUGGGUUGACCUAGUCAUGCACAAGAAUUUUAUUAAUGGGAACCUAUAUAGAUGAAAAUGGGAAACAAAACUAAAAAUUUUACAAAAUUUUUCUAUUCUACAUUAUUAUUGACAUUUAUGUUAAAUUUUUUUAUAUUAUAUCAAAAUAAAAUGUGCAUUAUUAGAAAUAGUAAAUUUGUAUAGAGCAAAUUAGAAAUGUAUUAGCUUGUUUAAAGAUAUUUUGAUUCUCUGCAUAUACACAGUAUAAAGAUAUAGAAUAUUUUUGUUUUUAAAAAUUAUUUUAAAGUACAAUUGGAUUUAUAAUUAUUUGAUUUCCCAAUUAAAAAUUUAAGCAUGAUAAAUCUUAUGUAAUCAAAAAGUUGUCAAUAUUAAAAUAUUCCUUGAAUUCAA